AUGUUGCCUCUCCUCCUCUCGGGCCUGCUUGUGGCCUUUGUGCUAAACAUCAUCUGCAAAAGGGCAAGCCUCGCAAGCAGGCGCAAGUUCUUCGAACAGAAACAUGCAUGUCAACCUCCAAAACACUACCUCGCCACACCAUGGUGGGACCAGUAUGGACUGAACCUCAUGCGAAGCAUGCUGGCUGCCGCCAAAAAGAGCCAGAUUCUCGAAUAUGUCCACCUGCUGACCCAAAUCCAUGAUCCUGAGAAACGGGGAUUCGGGAACUUCGUCGCCGUCUCAAGAUUUGGAACGAGAAAGACUGUCAUCUCAAGCGACCCCGAGAACGUGAAGAGUGUGCUGACCCGCGCUGAUGACUUUUUGGUGGAGCCGUCGAGAUUGGCGGCAUUUGAAGGCCUGCUAGGCAAGGGCAUCUUCACAUCAGAUGGCGCUUUCUGGCAGCAUUCGCGAGCUAUGCUCAAGCCGCAGUUCGAUAAGAGCCAAAUCACGGAAUUGGACCAGUUCGAACGACACAUCUCCAAACUUCUGGCUCUGAUUCCUGAUGAUGGAAGUACAAUUGAUCUGCAACCACUUUUCCAUCGCCUCACUAUGGACACCUCCACGGAAUUUCUGACUGGCACCAGCGCUAACUCACUUGAUGCAGACGAGGAAGCCUCUCAAGAGGCAAGGGACUUCGUCACAGCAUUCGAUCUGGCCAUGGAGGCAGGGACCUUACACGCGCGGCUUGGAAAGCUCUACAACCUCUUCCCUCAUCCCGCUGCUCGCCGCGCCAACGCCACAUCACGAGCCUACAUCCAGAAGUGGGUUGACCGUGCUUUGAAGAAUCAAGCCGAGCGGGCAGAGAAAGCGAAGAAAGGCGAGCAGUAUGUCUUCAUCGACGAACUGGUCAAGCAUGACGAAGUCGAUCGCACCAGAGCCCUGAACGAGACCAUGAAUAUCCUGCUAGCUGGACGAGACACAACCGCGACUUUGCUAACACACUUGUUCUUCAACCUUGCCAGAGAACCUGAAGUGUGGAGCAAAUUGCUCGCCGAGAUUGACGAGCUUAACGGUGAACUUCCAUCCUACGAGAAGCUGAGAGAUAUGAAGUACCUCAGAUACUGCACACAAGAAACCCUCCGCCUCCACCCCCCAGUCCCCAUGCUCUCCAAAGCCGCCUCUCGCGACACAACCAUCCCGCACGGCGGCGGCCCAGACGGCCUCCAACCCCUGUUCCUCGCCCAAGGCGACAAUUUCUUCUACUCCACCUACGCCCUCCAACGAAGCGAAGCCAUCUACGGCAAAGACGCAAACAUCUUCCGACCGGAACGUUGGAGCGAUGCGAAUUUGCGCCCGUUCUGGGCAUAUAUACCUUUCGGCGGCGGCCAGAGAGUGUGUUUGGGACAGCAGUAUGCGCUUGCGGAGACGUAUUAUGUGACUGUGAGGAUGAUGCAGACGUUUCGGAAAAUCGAGGAUCGGGAUGGGGGAGUGUGGGUUGAGAAGGUUGCGGCUACGUUGGGGAGUGGGAAUGGGUGUUUGGUGGGGUUGUUGAGGGAGUGA